AGAAAUUUUACUUUAAAUGUUGUCCUACAAGAUCAGGAUACAAAUAUGCUGUUAUUAAUGCAUGCUUAUAGUGUAUUUAAUGAAGAAAAUCCCACAGAUGUGACAAUUAACUUCUUUGCGUGGCAAAACAAAAGAAUGGGAACUGAUUCAAAUUGUUUGUCUCAGGCCACAAAGCCUGCUGUGUCAGACCUGGAGAGCAGCAUGCUCACUAUUAUCCAAACUUUCCACCAAUACUCGGGUCAGAAGUGCAAUCUGAAGAAAGCAGACCUUAAAGAACUUAUCAACAAUGAGAUGAAUAAUUUCAUAGUGAAAAUCAAGGAGAAUGACACUCUGGAUAAACUCUUCGCUGACCUCGACCAGAACGGAGAUCUGGAGAUCGACUUCAAAGAGUUCAUUGCCCUCAUCGCCAUGGUCACCUCUGCUUGCAAUGAACUGUUUGUUCCAAAGCAACAAAAGAAUUAGUUUGCAUGCACAUGAAUUACUCAUUUAAAGAGAGUAUGUGUGUUUUUUUUUUUUUUAGACAUCCUUUGAGACUGGGAGACUAUCACUAACCAUGCAUCAGAGUUUGAUACUUCUUUUUAGUAUGGAAAUGUUUGCUGAAUACACGCACCAGUCACUUUAUUAAGUACACCUAUUCACCUGCUCAUUAACACAAAUAUCUAAUAAGCCAAUCAUAAGGCAGCAACUCAACAGAUUUAAAUAUGUAGAUAUGGUCAAAAUCACCUGCUAAGCUCUAACUGCGCAUCAAAAGGGGGAAGAAAGGUCAUUUAAGUGAAUGUGGCAUGGUUGGUGGUACCAAAUUGGCUGCUCAUCUGCUGGUAUUUUACCACACAACCAUCUAUUAUGGAAAAAGAGAGGCUAUCCAGUAAGCGGCAGGUCUGUGGGUGAAAAUACUAUGUCAGUGUCAGAGGAGAAUGGCCAGAUUGAUUUGCGGUAAUAGGAAGGCAGCAGGACCUCCCUCUUUACAACCAAAGCAUAGAAUCUCUGAAGGCAUAAAAUUAAACCUCGAGCCUUGAAGCAGAUAAACCACAGCAGCAGAAGGCUACUCCUAUCGACUGAGGCCACAACAUGCACAGGAUCACCAGACUUGGACAACGGAAGACUGAAAAAUGUUGCUGAUCGGAUGAGUGUAGAUUUCCCCUGUGACAUUUGGACGGCAGAGUCCGAAUGUGAUGUAAGCAAGAUGAACUUUGGGAUCUAUGGAUCCUGCAGGAUAUUUUUUGGCUAUUUAGUACCAAUUGGGCUUAAACACCACAGCCUACCAGUAUAUUGUUGUUGAACCUGUCGAUCCCUUUAUUACUACAGGGUACCCAUCUCCUGAUGGCUGAUUGCAGGAGGAAAACACAUGUCCCAAAGCUCAGAUAGUCUCAGACUAGUCUCUUUAACAUGAGUUCAGUGUCCUCAAAAAGCCUCCACAGUCACCCGACCUCAAUCCACUUUUGGGAUGUGGUGGAACACCAAAUUUGCAUCAUGAUGUGCAGCCAACAAAUCUGCAGCAACUGUGUGGAGCUAUCAUGUCAAUAUCUCUGAGAAAUGUUUCCAGCAUCUUGUUGAAUCUGUUUCACAAAGAAUUAAUGUAGUAAUGAAGGCAAAAGAGGGUCCAAACAGGCACGACCAAUGUAUACCUAAUAAAAUGGCUGGUGAGUUUCUAAUAUAGCAUGUGUGGAAUAUGUAUUUGUGAAACAAAAAAUAUAUAUAAAUGGAUGAUACUUCCACAUAUUUGUCUGUCAUUACAAACAUGCACGUUCAUCUGACAGAAAUGAUAAUCUACAGCAGUACUGAGACAUGUUUAACAGAUGCUGCUUUACAACAUGCUAUAUGUGACUGAACG